ACGUAAUCGGUCACAUGUUGCGCAAUGUGCGUCUCAGUCGACAAUUUUUUCCUUUAUUGGUUAUGUUUUAAUAUUAAUGGUUCGCUUUAAUUUUACUGCUUUCGUGUAAAAAAUGUUCCAGAUUGGAAUGCUUGUAGCACUGGCACAUCUUUUGUAUUGCCCGUUUACCAAGGUUGAAGAAAGUUUUAACAUCCAAGCAAUACACGAUAUACUUUACCAUAGAUUUAAUUUAUCUCAGUAUGAUCACUUCGAGUUUUCCGGAGUAGUUCCACGAUCAUUUAUAGGUCCCGUUUUUAUAUCGAUUCUGGUAUAUCCUAUUAUUUUCCUGCUACAGUGUCUACAAGUAAAUAAAUUCUACAGCCAGUAUGUGGUAAGAACAGCAUUAGCAGUUUGUGUUGUGGGAAGCUUAAAUCAUUUAUCUAAAACUUUGGAGAAACAAUUUGGAUCACGCUGGGUUCAGUGGUUUGCAGCUGUUACUGUUACACAAAGUCACUUUAUAUUUUAUCUAAGUCGUCCAUUGCCAAAUAUCUUUGCGCUUCCUUUAGCAUUACUAGCUUUCGAUGGAUGGUUUAGGAACUGUCACAAGAGUUUCAUCUUAUACUCUGGUGCUGCGAUAAUUAUUUUUAGGGUUGAGUUGGCUUUGUUUUUGGGAAUAUUACUUUUACAUGAUCUAAUUUAUAAAAGAAUCACUUUGAGAAGGUUAAUACAAAUUGCUAUUCCUGGAGGAAUAGGAUUUUUGAUUUUAACUGUGGUAAUAGAUUCAAUUUUUUGGAACAGAUUUCUGUGGCCAGAGGGAGAAGUACUGUGGUACAAUACCAUUUUAAAUAAGAGUAGCAAUUGGGGUACGUCACCAUUUUUGUGGUAUUUCUACUCCGCGAUUCCUAGGGGUUUGGCCGCCUCUACUUUUCUAGUACCUGUGGGAUUUUAUCUAGACCAAAGAGUUAGACAAGUAGUCAUUCCAGUUUCAAUUUUUGUACUUAUGUACUCAUUCCUUCCACACAAGGAAUUGAGAUUUAUUAUUUAUGUGUUUCCUUGCUUAAAUAUUGCUGUAGCAACAGCAUGCCAUCGUAUUUUGUGUUACAGAUGGGAGAAUAGAAACAAGUCGCCUAUUUACCAUUUGUUGUCACUUGGCGUGGGGGGCCACUUAGCUGUAAAUGUGAUGUUUACUCUGUUCCUAUUGAGCAUAUCAGCAAAAAAUUAUCCCGGUGGAACGGCUAUUUCCCAUUUUCACAGGCUUGCAAAAAAUGAUAACUUCAUCAAUGUACACAUAUCAAAUUUGGCGGCACAGACUGGAGUAACUAGAUUCACUCAAAUCAAUCCAAACUGGAUAUACAAUAAAACAGAAAAUUUGGAACCAGUUGAUAUGUUUCAUUUCACCCAUUUGAUAGCAGAGGGUAAAAGUAAGUUUGAUUCAAAAUUAAAACCUUUCUCUGCCACUCAUGAUUUGAUAUACACCAUUGAAUCUUUCCAUCAGAUCUCUUUUAAUUACAUGAAUGUACCACCAAUGGUCAUUAAAACCAAACCUGUCUUGUUUAUUUUAAAACGGAGGGAUGACUAUAAGGAUUUUUUAAAUAUACAGGGUAUGCCAGUUGGAACUGAUGAUGAAUUGUCAAUGGCGGAUUCAGCAGAAGGUGGUAACAAUAAACAAAAUUUGGUUUCAUCUCAAGGUUCUGUUAAAGACAACAUCAGACGAAUUGUCAAGUCAGAAACAAAUAAAGAAUUUGUUGAUAUAGCAGAAAUUGGCGCACAAUCCAAAGAUAAUUUUAAGGCUUUCCAAAAUUCAAAACCUCCACUUAAUAAUUUUGAUAAAUCUGAUCAAAUGACCGCUGAAGAUUUGAAAGAUUUUAAAAGAAAAAAUGCUGUUCAAGAAUCGGUAAAGGAAACAAUUAAAAGAAUUGUACAGUCUGAAAAAGAAACUAUCCCAAAAGUAAAUGCCAAGGAAGAAGUGCCAAAAAAAAAUUUUGUUUACAGAGACAAAAAUGGCAUUGAAAAUAAUGAGAGAGAUGAAAAGGAAAACACACUCAUUAUGCAGUUGAAAGGCAAAGAAGGGAGCUUUGAAUUUACUAAACAAGAAACAGAAGAUGAAGGUGAUAAAGAGGAUAAACAUGUAAAAAAGGACAUUAAGAAGCUUAUCAGAAAAUUUCAGAGAAAAAAGUUGGAUUCUGCUAUUUCUCAAUAUGAAAAACUACAUGAAAGCAAUAAUUACAAUGCUUUGAAAAUAACAAAUGGAGAUAUUUCAUUAGCUGAAAUGGAUUCAAAACAAUAUGAUGAUCCAUCAAAAACUGUGAAAAGUUUGUCAGAGAACAAAUUUGAUACAGAUGUUCCAGAAAACAACCCUACUGAGGCCACAGGUAAUUUUGGCAAAGAAAUGAGAAAUAAUUGGAUUGAAAAUAGAGACUAACCCUUUAGGCUGUGGAGUAUCUUUUUUUAUAUGUAAAUAUGUAUAUUAAUAAACCUUUUUAAGUUAAAUUAUUGUAUGGUUUUAAAGAGUAUUUGUAUAGUAAUAGUACACUGCGACUAUGUCCCAAGCAGCUAACUAAACUAAACAAAAUAA